AUGCAGUUUCAAUUCGUUGCAUCUCUCCUUGCAAUGUCAGCCCUUAUCAGCUCUACGUUAGGGGAGUCGCACACUAUACACUUCACCAAUAAAUGUGGAAAAGGCACUCCAACUCUUCUCCAGAACGGAGUAAUCCUGUCAACGGGGGGAGACUACACCCAUGACGGUCCUAUCAUCUCCGCCAUUGCGUACCAUACUUAUGCCUCACAACAACCAGGGGGCUGCGGAUUGAACGGGGAAAGCUGUACACUCAUUGAGACGACGCUGAAAAACCCUACCACUGCGGGUUCCGGUUCCUCCACGGACAUCAGCUUGAUUCCUCCCCACACUUUCAGCGUCACUUCGGGCUUCGGUCCUAACUGCACGGACGCGAAUUGCCCUGAUGCGUUUCACGACCCGAGCCAAACAUGGGUCCAGGUAGCGUGCCAGACUGACAACGUCGAUUUGGCCAUCACAUUCUGUGACUGA